UGGCAGCGUCCCGCAACGCUGCCCUUAGGCCCCUCAUCAUGGCACUGAGUUUGGAGCAAGCAGAGGAGCAGCGGCUCUACCAACAGACGCUCCUGCAGGAAGGGCUCAAAGACAUGCUGGACCACGGCAAGUUCCUGGACUGCGUGGUGCGUGCCGGUGAGCGCGAGUUCCCGUGCCACCGCCUGGUGCUCGCAGCCUGCAGCCCUUACUUCCGGGCGCGUUUCCUGGCCGAGCCAGAGAAUGCGGGCGAGCUGCGCCUGGAAGAGGUGUCCCCAGACGUGGUGGCUCAGGUGCUGCACUACCUGUACACGUCGGAGAUCGCGUUGGACGAAGCGAGCGUCCAGGACCUGUUUGCCGCAGCGCACCGCUUCCAGAUCCCAUCCAUCUUCACCAUCUGUGUGUCCUUCCUGCAGAAGCGCCUGUGCCUCGCCAACUGCCUGGCCGUCUUCCGCCUGGGCCUCCUGCUCGACUGCGCACGCCUGGCCAUAGCCGCGCGUGAUUUCAUCUGUGCGCGCUUCACGCUGGUGGCACGUGACGCCGACUUCCUGGGACUCUCACCCGACGAGCUCAUCGCCAUCAUCUCCAGCGACGGCCUCAACGUGGAGAAAGAGGAGGCGGUGUUCGAGGCGGUGAUGCGCUGGGCAUCCAGUGGCGAUGCCGAGGCGAAGGCCGAGCGCCAGCGCGCGCUGCCCACGGUCUUCGAGAGCGUGCGCUGCCGCCUGCUGCCGCGUGCCUUCCUGGAGAGCCGCGUGGAGCGCCACCCUCUCGUGCGCGCCCAGCCCGAACUGCUGCGCAAGGUGCAGAUGGUGAAGGAUGCGCAUGAUGGCCGUCUCACCACACUGCGCAAGAAGAAGAAAGGGAAGGAGGCAGCCGGCGCCAAGGAGGCCGGCAAGGGCACCGAAGUGGAAAAGAAAGAGGAGGAGGGCGAGGAGAAGGAAGAGGAGGAACGCAUUCUUCCUGGGAUCCUGAAUGACACGCUGCGCUUUGGCAUGUUCUUGCAGGACCUCAUCUUCAUGGUCAGCGAGCAGGGCGCCGUGGCCUACGACCCAGCAGCCAAUGAGUGUUACUGUGCCUCCCUCUCCACCCAGAUCCCCAAGAACCACGUGAGUCUGGUGACCAAGGAGAACCAGAUCUUUGUGGCUGGGGGUCUCUUCUACAACGAGGACAACAAGGAAGACCCCAUGAGUGCUUACUUCCUUCAGUUUGACCACCUGGACUCGGAAUGGCUGGGCAUGCCACCCCUGCCUUCGCCACGCUGUCUCUUUGGCCUGGGAGAAGCUCUCAACGCCAUCUAUGUGGUGGGCGGCCGGGAGCUUAAGGACGGCGAGCGCAGCCUGGACUCGGUUCUGUGCUACGACAGGCUGUCUUUCAAAUGGGGCGAGUCGGACCCGCUGCCCUACGUGGUGUAUGGCCACUCAGUGCUCUCCCAUAUGGAUCUCGUCUAUGUCAUUGGCGGCAAGGGCGCAGACAGGAAAUGCCUAAACAAGAUGUGUGUCUAUGACCCCAAGAAAUUCGAGUGGAAAGAACUGGCACCCAUGCAGACUGCCCGCUCACUCUUUGGUGCCACUGUCCACGAUGGCCGCAUUUUCGUGGCAGCCGGGGUCACUGACACGGGGCUGACCAGUUCGGCUGAGGUGUACAGCAUUGUGGAUAACAAGUGGACACCCUUUGAGGCCUUCCCCCAGGAGCGCAGCUCGCUUAGCCUGGUCAGCCUUGGGGGGACCCUGUAUGCUCUUGGCGGCUUUGCCACGCUGGAGACUGAGUCCGGAGAGCUGGUGCCCACGGAGCUCAAUGACAUCUGGAGGUACAACGAGGAAGAGAAGAAAUGGGAGGGUGUCCUGCGGGAGAUCGCCUAUGCUGCUGGCGCCACCUUCCUCCCCGUGCGGCUCAACGUGCUGCGCCUGACCAAGAUGUGA